AUGUGUCUCCGCAGUGAGCCAAGGGGAGGAUACGUCAGUCGCACUCCCUUAGAUUGGCCGACACGAAUGUUUAGAACGAGAACCACGCCCGAAUUUUCACUGGAUGAGAACUUUCUAACUUCUCCGAUUAAUGCUGUGCUAUUAUUGGCUACCUUACUUGGUUCCGGGGGAGCCAAAGGUAGAACCGGUGCAGAAAUUGGUCACGCACUGCUGCUACAAACGGGUAUCAGUGAUUUCAACUUACAGCCAGCUGUUGACGAAGCAGCUGGCCUAUUCAACGAGCUCUACAAUGAUUACACCAAGGAAGAAACCACUAUUCACAGGAAAAAGACAAAAUGCAUCCAAAUCAACAAUGGAAUUUUUAUUCAAAAUAAUUACAACAUCAAGCCCAGUUUCAGGAAGACCACAUGGCACAAGUUUUUUACGCACGUCCUGCAGGUGGAUUUUUUGAACAAAACGGAGGCAUCUCGUUUCAUAAAUGUAUGGCUUAAGAGAGAAACAUAUGGAAGAAUUCCACAGUGCUUCCAAAGUCCAGAAGAAAUAUUACCGUCGUCAAGGCUUGUCCUAGUCAACGUGCUGACAUUUAUCGACUUAUGGAAAAAUGGCUUCACGGCAGUACAAACGGAACAGUUCAUACUAAAAAAUGGCACACGGGUGAAUGUCCCAAUGAUGCAUGUGGUAGAACCCAUGCUAUACAUGAGAUCUGAUGUAAUGGGAAUCAUAUCCAUUCGGAAACCAUUCAAGAACACACGAUUCUCCUUUUUUCUGAUUGUGCCUACUGACCACAAAAACACGUCUGGAAUGGAAAAAGUGUUGGACGGAAGAUAUCCCAUGAAUUUUGUGACCGUAUUGCAAGAGGAGUGUGUGGUCUCUUUGAAGCUUCCAAAGUUCAAACUGGAAAGCAUACUUGACUUGAUGAGUUCGCUGCAAAAGUUUAUGGUGUAUGAACUAUUCCGGAAGGGCAGAGCCGAUCUUUCUGGUAUAACGGGCUCAGACCGUUUAUUUGUCAAUCUAUGGAGACAGAUCAAUGUAAUGGCUGUAGACGAAUCCGGAAUAAAUGCUGACAUGGCACAAGAAAUCGAAACAGCGUCAACGACAGACGACCAGGCGGAGGUAGAGGUCACCGCCAACACAACGUUUGCCUUCAUUAUAUAUGAUGAGGAUCUCAGAUUGCCAGUCCUCGCUGGUCGCGUGGUCAAACCAGUUUUCUGAGUUCUUCAUACAUAAUGACAGUGUAUGAAGCUGUCACCGCUAUCUGUCUCCAAGCUUCAUUUCCUGUAACAAUCUGUGGACUCCAGCUAUUCGUCUACUUUGAUCAGUUGAAAAGUGCCUUGUAUUUUUUGUCACAUUAGUGUUGGCUAUCUAGCGUUGUUGGUCAAUCUGUAUUCCAAACUAAUAUCUAUCAUGGAACUGACGAGUUUUACAUUCAACUCGCCUCAACAAGUGAGUAGGCCAGGCAUCAGUAUUAAUUGCUCCUGUCUUCCAAUUAUUACUAAAGCGUGCUGCCUUCCAGCGAGAUUUUUACCCUUAACACUUUGACUUUGACUACAAACACCUACGCAGCUUUACGCUUUGUCAGUACCUUAAGGACUGAGAUUACUCAGCUCUUCCAAUAUGCGUCAAUAUAUUGCAGCUUCUGGUCUCAAGAUUUGAUACUUCCUCUUUCCAUUCUUCCAUAACUAUCAAGUAAGAGCCUCUGUACCCACUGUCUGGUUUACGUCCUUAUUUCACCCAGUUGGUACAUGAUAUAGAAAGAACCGUUUUUGUUCCUGGUAUUCUCAGCUCCCAUUUCUAUCAAUUACAGGCAGUUGUUGCAUCUUGAUCGCUAGCAUAUUUCAUCAUUCUGGUCGUUUCCGCGCGUCACAUGAUCAUUA